AUGGAACAAUCUCACAAAUCGUACCGUCCGCUGACAGUACUCACGUUCAGAUGGAACUACGCAAUUCACGGCUUGCAGCCCGCGGGCUACCACCUCGUCAACUUAUUGCUGCACGCUCUGGUCUCGCUGCUUUACUACAGAGUGUGCGCGAUGUUCCUGCCAGAAUUCGCAAGUUUCGUGGCGGCCAUCUUGUUUGCUGUGCACCCCAUCCACACAGAGGCUGUGACUGGGGUUGUCGGGCGAGCAGAGAUGCUUUCAUCCGUGUUCUUCCUGGGAGCUCUGUUGUGUUACGCUCGUGCGGCCAGUAGACGACGGUGUACUGAUUGGCGCUAUGUAGCUGCCUGUACGGUGUGCGUGGGAGUAGCAAUGCUUUGCAAGGAGCAAGGUAUCACUGUGACUGCCGUGUGCGUCGUGUACGAACUAUUCGUGGCACAAAAACGCCGAUCAAGUACAGGUCGGUCCUGGGUAGAUAUAUGGGGUAAAGGAGGUUGGGGCUGUGCCUGCGGAGAAGCAGCUAGACGCAUCACGACAGUGUGCUUUGCGACACUGGCUCUCUUAGCAGCCAGAUUACAUGUGAUGGGCGCCCAAUUACCAGUUUUUACAAGAUUUGACAAUCCUGCCGGAGCUGCUCCGCCCCCAGCGAGACAUUUAACAUUUGCAUACUUGCCAGCCCUCAAUGCAUGGCUCCUUACUCUACCAGAAGCGUUGUGCUGUGACUGGACCAUGGGCACCGUAGCUCUAUUAAAGUCGUGGCGAGAUCCACGAAAUCUAGCCACACUAGCUCUUGCUACUUCUUUGAUAGCAGGAGCGAUACACGCUUUGAGGACGCGUUCUUCCGCACUAUCAAUGGGUCUAGCUUUACUCGUCCUUCCAUUUCUGCCAGCUUCGAACCUAUUUUUCCCAGUCGGGUUCGUAGUAGCUGAGAGAGUUUUGUACAUGCCAUCAAUGGGUUGGUGCCUUAUUAUCGCGCACGGCUGGAGACUCCUUGCCAAGAAGAGAGCCAAGCUGGCUGCAUCUACACUGAUCUUCCUGCUGCUAGCCUUCAGUGCCAAAACCUACGUUAGAAAUUGGGAUUGGAAGACUGAAUACUCCAUUUUUGCUUCUGGUCUUAAGGUAAAUCGAAAUAACGCGAAACUUUAUAACAACGUUGGCCACGCACUAGAAGCAGAUGGCAAAUACAGUGAAGCGCUGGAAUUCUUCAAAACGGCAGUCAACGUCCAGCCGGACGAUGUUGGGGCACACAUCAACGUCGGCAGGACCUUCAACCACCUCGGACUGUACCAAGAAGCGGAAGACGCCUACGUCCAAGCAAAGUCCUUAUUACCGAAGGCGAAACCAGGGGAAUCGUACCAGGCUCGAAUAGCACCGAACCACUUAAAUGUAUUCUUGAACUUAGCCAACCUUAUAUCGAAGAACGCAACUCGCCUGGAGGAAGCGGAUAUGUUGUAUAGGCAAGCGAUAAGCAUGCGCGCUGAUUACACCCAGGCGUACAUAAAUAGAGGGGAUAUUCUUAUUAAAUUGAAUAGAACUAAGGAAGCACAGGAAGUAUACGAGAGAGCUCUAUUGUACGAUAGCGGAAACCCGGAUAUUUACUAUAAUUUAGGAGUAGUUCUUUUAGAACAAGGAAAAGCCUCCCAGGCGCUAGCCUACUUAGACAAAGCGUUAGAGCUAGAGCCCGAACACGAACAAGCUCUACUGAACUCCGCCAUUUUGCUGCAAGAACUCGGCGCUGCUGAUUUGAGGCAUCUAGCGAGACAGCGGCUACUAAAAUUGCUCGAUAAAGAUGCGACAAAUGAAAGAGUGCACUUCAACCUAGGCAUGGUAUGUAUGGACGAGGGAGACGCUGAGUGCGCGGAACGGUGGUUCCGUGCAGCCGUACACCUAAAACCCGACUUCAGAUCCGCUCUCUUCAACCUGGCAUUGCUUCUGGCUGAUCGACGUCGGCCUUUAGAAGCUGCGCCCUUCUUAAAGCAACUAGUUCGACAUCAUCCGGAUCAUGUGAAGGCACUCGUGUUGUUAGGCGAUAUCUACAUUAACUCCGUAAAAGAUCUAGACGCCGCAGAAAGCUGCUACCGCCGCAUUCUGGAGCUGGAAGCAGACAACGUGCAAGCGUUACACAAUUUAUGCGUCGUCGCAGUAGAGCGCGGCAAACUCGCCGUUGCCGAAGAGUGUCUGACGCGCGCGGCUUCAUUAGCACCACACGAACAUUAUAUACAGCGCCAUCUAGCGGUCGUGCGUGCAAGACGAGCUGCGGUUUCACCCACUCACCCCAAGAGCAAUACACCCGGAGCCGAAGUCAAAGCGAGGUGGAACUACAUUCCACAGCAACCCCCCGAUCCACACGAAACGGACCCUUCAUAG